AUGAUUUCUCAAGUCGCACUCCUCUCGCUCGUCGCCAGCAUGGCGGCUGCGCAGACUCUCAACAUUCCUACUCGCUCCGGUAACAUUGUGUCGCUUCCUGAGCCCAGCACCAUCACUGGCAAGGUCGACUUUGCGAACAAGGAGUUUGACCGUGGCCAGCCAUGUGACUCUGACGCGGACACUGGCAGCGACAGCGCUGUUUUCAUCCUCCAGGAUGGCGCGUCCAUCUCCAACGUCAUUAUCGGUGCUGACGCGCUCGAGGGUGUCCACUGCCUAGGCUCUUGCACCCUGACCAACGUCUGGUUCCGUGAUGUCUGCGAGGACGCCGUCUCUGUCCUUGGUCCCGGCAAUGCCCUGAUCCAGGGAGGAGGUGCUCAAGAGGCCAAGGACAAGGUCAUCCAACACAACGGUGCGGGUACCGUGACCAUCAAAGACUACACCAUUGUCAACGCUGGCAAACUCUACCGCUCCUGCGGUGACUGCACCGACAACUCCAAGAAGUCGCCCCGCAAAGUCAUCGUCGAGAAUGUCCGCGCCUUCGGUCUAACCUCCGACCUCAUCGGCAUCAACUCAAACUUUGGCGACACAGCCAGCAUCAGCGGCUCCUGCGGAACUACAAAGGCCGUCUGCCGCGAGUACAAGGGUGUUGACAAGGGUAACGGUAGCAGCCAGAAGCUCGACACCAAUGCUAGCUGCACCGGUACCCAGGGUAAGCUCGAGAAGCUGCCUGUUUGCGGUGCCGACUCUGCUGCUCCCCCCAAGGCCAGCACCACUGCUAAGCCCACUUCCACCAAGAAGGUUACUUCCACACUUGUCACCAAGACGAAGACUUCUUCCGCUAAGGCGACUGCGACCAAGUAA